AAAUUUCAAUUAUAUAAAAUAACUGCAAGAUCCAAACAUAUAUACUUCUUUGUGGGACAGGACAAUUGGCAAUGACGAUUACUUACAAUUGGUGGAAAGACGCUACCAUCUAUCAAAUCUGGCCAGCUUCAUAUAAAGAUUCAAAUGGAGAUGGUAUUGGAGAUAUUCCUGGAAUUAUUUCCACUUUGGACUACCUUAAAGACUUGGGUAUUGAUAUAAUAUGGUUAAGUCCAAUGUACAACUCUCCUCAAGAUGAUAUGGGAUAUGAUAUUAGUGACUAUGAAGCGGUCUAUCCAAAGUAUGGUACCAUGGAAGAUAUGGAAGAAUUGAUUGGAGGAUUACAUUCCAGAGGUAUGAAGUUGAUUUUAGAUCUAGUUAUUAAUCACACAUCAAGUGAACACAAAUGGUUCAAAGAAUCAAGAUCAUCAAAAUCAAAUCCAAAAAGAAAUUGGUAUAUUUGGAAACCACCGAAGUAUGAUGAAAAUGGAAAAAGACAGCCUCCAAAUAAUUGGGGAUCACAUUUCUCUGGAUCUGCUUGGGAGUAUGAUGAAGUUACUGGUGAAUAUUAUUUGAGACUUUACGCUAAAUCUCAACCAGAUUUAAAUUGGGAAAAUCCUGAAGUCAGAUCUGCACUUUAUGAGUCAGCUUUACGAUUUUGGUUUAAUAAAGGAGUUGAUGGGUUUAGAAUAGACACUGCUGGGUUAUAUUCCAAAGAUCAAAAAUUCCCUGAUGUACCAAUUGUAUUCCCAGACAAAGCUUUUCAGCCAUGUGAUCUAUAUACUUUAAAUGGUUCCAGAAUUCAUGAAUUUCAUAAGGAAAUGUACUCUGAAGUUAUUUCAAAAUAUGACGUUAUGACUGUUGGAGAAGUUGGCCGCUGCUCUCGAGAGGCUGCCUUAAAGUAUGUAAGUGCCAAAGAAGGAGAGAUGAAUAUGAUCUUUUUAUUUAAUAUUUUUAAUGUUGGGACAAUCAGAGGGGAUAGAUUCAAACUCAACCCUUACAAACUAAUUGAUUUCAAAAAAGCUGUUGAAGAACAAUGUGAAUUCAUUGAAGGAACAGAUGCUUGGUCCACUGUAUUUUUAGAAAAUCAUGAUCUGGCAAGGUCAGUUACUAGGUUUGGUAAUCCUAAGUAUUAUGAAACCUCGGCUAAAUUACUAUCGUUAUUGCAAAUCACCCUUACAGGUACUUUAUUCAUCUAUCAAGGUCAGGAAAUUGCUAUGAGUAAUCUUCCAAGAUCCUGGUCUAUAGAUGAAUACAAAGACAUCAACACUGUCAACUAUUAUAAAUAUUUCCAAGAAAGAUUUGGAGAAGAUAAGGAUUUUGAUGAAAAGAAGAAAGAAUUGAUGGAUGCAGUUAAUUUGGUUGCUAGAGAUCAUGCAAGGUCGCCUGUUCAAUGGAAUGAUUCACCUUAUGGUGGAUUUUCCACUGUGGAACCUUGGACAAGAGUCAACGACAAUUAUAAAACAAUUAAUGUUGCAUCUCAAGUCGAAGAAUCCAAUUCUGUCUUAAAUUUUUGGAAAAGAUCUUUAAAAUUGAGGAAACAAUUCAAAGAUUUAUUAAUUUAUGGAUCUUUUAAAAUCUUAGAUUAUGAUAAUCAGAAAGUCUUUACUUACGUAAAGUAUAAUUCACAAUUUGACUCUACAUCUGCAAAUGCUUAUGUUGUGAUGAAUUUCUCAACUGAUUCCAUAAAGUUUGAAAAGUUAAUAGAAGGGGAUUUUCAAUUAGUCCAUUCCAAUGUGGAUAAUUUAACUGAAGAGAUAUUAACUCCGUAUGAAGGCCGAGUUUACAUAGUUUCAUAG